UCCAAAAAUGGGAAAUGGCAUUUUGGGACAAAAAUAGGGUAAAAGUUGGAGAUGAGCUAAGUGAUCAUCAAUGGCUUCCACACCUCGAACACGGCCACCUAGACCGCCUUCCUCUCUAAGCCCUAACCCUAAACCCACCAGGUACAAAUCCCCCUCUUCUUCUCGUCCUUCUACAUCAUCCAUCGCUAUUCCUCUAGAACCUUCGUCCAACUUCUUCCCUUCCUCUAAAUCAGAGUUCUCACGGCUCCUCGCCGUCGUCUUUGUUGCAGCCGCCGUCGCAUUUUCCUGCAACUACGUCUUCACAUUUCUCAAUCGUCAGCCGAAACCUUUUUGCGAUAGCAAUCCCGACUUCGAUGACUCUCUCUCCGCUAUCAGCCAUUUUUUUUUUGAUUUGCACCGGCUUAUUACUCCGAAUGAUGGGAUUGGAAUUUUAACAUUAACGACAAGGGAAGCUAAGAUUCCUCUUUACAGAGAAAAGAAGCAGAAGAUUACCAGAAAUGCUUCUUCCUCUAUCUUGUCGUUGGUACAUCUUGUUGCUAUUGCUAUCGCUAUUGCUCUCUUCCAUCUAUUUUUCGGUUCAUACAUUGCUGGUAUCAUUUUUCUGGACUUUGUUGUUGAUAUUUGCUUGUUUCUAUUCUUCCUCUCGAGCCGAGGGUCUUUCGGAAACCGUUUCUCUACCUUCCCAGGACAGAAACUUAAUCAACACAUUAGUAAGAUCUCGCUGCAUCUUAAUGAGUAUCAAGAACAUCUAUCUCACAUAAUGAGAGCAUCUGUUCAGUUUCUUGUAUCCAUAUCAUAUAGCCGGAGAAGGAAACGUCCUAACCUAAUAUGCGGUUUAUUAUAUGUUAUUUCUAUGUAUUUCUGUUUUGCAUUUGCUUAUUCUUGCAACAUUCCAAAAUCGUGUGAUCCUCAUUUUGGAGAAGAGAAGCUGCGAACCAACUUCUGUGAGCCUUGUCCACUUAAUGGAGUAUGCCAUGAAGGCAAAUUAGGGUGUGUGCAUGGCUACCGGAGGCUCGGGAACUUAUGUGUUGAAGAUUCAAAUAUAAAUGAAGCAGCUAAGAAGCUCUCAAAGUCAGUAGAAGGUCUUCUCUGUGAAGAAUAUGCUCAAUUUUCAUGCACAGGCGCUGGCAAUAUUUGGGUUCAAAGUAACCAAUUGUGGGAAAAAGUGAAUAAAUCUAAAAUAAUGGAUGAGUAUGGCUUGAACAAGGCUGUUUAUGCUCAUGCCAUGCAACGAGCCAUGGAGGAUCUUGGCAAGGUUUUGGAGAGAAGACUGAAUGAUCAAGGAAUGGAAGAGUUGAAGUGUCCAGCUUUGCUGGUCCAACAUUAUACACCAGUUUCCUGUCGCAUCCAGCAGUGGCUUUUUGAGCAUGCUUUGCUAUUGGUUCCAGCUUGUGCAUU